GCGGGCUCAUUGUUGAUGAGUUUGAGACCUGAAGUGGGAAGAGAUAUUUGCAAUCGCGAAAAAGCUUUCUUUGGACGCAAGAUAUGGAGCGAUUUUCCGCAUCAGAAAUUGAUGAGUUGAAGGAAUGCUUCUCUCUUUAUGAUGGUGACUCUGAUGGAAUGAUUGGACGGCGUCAAUUGGAAUCUGUCAUGAGAUCGCUUGGUGAACCUGUCACAUACUCUGAGCUUGAUCAGAUGGCAAACAAAUUUGGUCCAGACAAAAUACGAUUUCCAGAUUUCCUCAAGCUAUUAGCAGAACAAAGAGCAAAGAAUAUCUAUCCAAAAGAAGAGAUCCUUCAUGCAUUUGACGCUUGUGACAAGAAGAAAAGCAGAACUAUUUCAAGAGCAGAACUACAGCACUUUAUGGUAGACACAGGGGAAAAAAUGACCCAGCAAGAAUUCGAAGAGAUGCUACGAGCUUGUGGGAUGGGUAACAGCCAAACUAUUAAGUAUCAAGAUCUUGUUCAAGCUGUAAUGCAAAUCAACUAAGUAUAUUUAUGGCAUARUUAAUUUAAGGUGGAUUGAGGCAUAGUUGAAAUUUUAGGCAGUGUAAAUUUAGUAACCAGCAUGCUGGAARCAAUAUUUAUUAAGUACUAAAUUAUUAGAAAUUCAAAUCACUUUUGAGUAAGGAUACAGAAUCCUUUGUUAGUCACAGCUGGAAAUCUUCAAUAUGUACAGGUAUUUUAACUCUUUGUUUAGACUCCUCUUUUYUCUUUGCUUUUUCUACUCAUGGCCUUCCUUUUUUGCUUAAUAUGGGCAAGGUAAGGAAAUUGUGACAAAUAAUAAAACAGAUAGGGCUYAAGSCCCAGGUCRGACAGGACGAUGCCRAAUGGAUCCCAAARGRAAAAUGAAGUGCCGCAUGCAGAGUUAGCAAAUUAUAAUAGCAUAUAUUGGCUUUUUUAGGUAUAUUUUUAACUUCUUGUAGAUAUGAAUAUUUAACAUCUGGAUCUAAAAUUAAAAAAGUCAUUUUUAUUUCUAUAAUAUGAA